AUGCCAAACCCCAUAAGCGGUCGCUGCCCAGCGGAACUCCUCAUGGGUCGGAGACCAACAAUCCUCCUGGACCGCCUACACCCUGAUCGGGCUCCCGAGCCACAGAACUCCUCCGAGCAGUGGGAAGCGCCUCGCGGGUUCUUCCCAGAGGACCCCGUCUUAGCCCGAAAUUUCGGAAGGGGCCCGGAUUGGAUCACCGACCGCAUCAUUCAUCCCACUGGCACUGUCAUGUACGACGUGUCGACUGAAUGUGGGCAGGUCCUUCGGAGGCACAUAGACCAACUCUGUCGGCGCAUGCUCAUGGAGCACCCAAGCACACAGGUUCCUGAUCAGUGGGCAAACCCAGAGGAAGAUACAAGGAUACACAGCUCUGGAGUGAAGGUUCCACCAAUGAAAGGCAGCAGCACAAUGCAACACUGGUGUACCUUUGCGGUAGUUGCCUGCUUCCUAUGCUUAUCCAGCAAUGCCUUCCGAAGGAUUUCACUCAAGAAAAUGCUGUCAAUGCGACAGACAAUGCAGGAGAUGGGUGUGAAAGCAUCAGACGUCUUCUUGUCACUGAAGAAUAAUGAACGCUCUUCUGGCAUGGGGCCCCAUAACAGAACAGCGCCCACCAUCCUCACCAACUACCAGGAUGUGCAGUAUUAUGGUGAAAUCCUCAUUGGCACACCACCCCAAACCUUCAAAGUAGUUUUUGACACUGGUUCUGCUAACCUUUGGGUGCCAUCAUACAAAUGCUCCCCAGUGUUCAGUGCUUGCGUUUCACACAACCGCUAUGACUCCUCAAAAUCAAGCACAUACAUUGAAAAUGGAACCAAAAUUGCAAUCCAGUAUGGACAAGGAAACAUGGGAGGUUUCCUUAGCCAGGACAUUGUCACAGUUGCUGAUAUUCCUGUCUUCCAAGAGUUUGCAGAAGCCACAGCACUACCCAACAUUCCUUUCAUCUAUGCCAGGUUUGAUGGGGUGCUUGGUAUGGGAUAUCCCAGCCACGCCAUAGAUGGUGUUAUUCCAGUGUUUGACCGGAUUAUCUCACAGAAGAUCCUGAAGGAGGAAGUGUUCUCUGUCUACUACAGCAGAAAUUCUCAGUCAAACACGGGGGGAGAAAUCAUCCUAGGAGGCAGUGACCCCUCUUACUAUACAGGAGACUUCCACUAUCAUAGCAUUAGCCAGAAAGACUACUGGCACAUUGAUCUUCAAGGGGUGUCUGUAGGAGGUGAAAUGCUGUUCUGUCAAGAUGGUUGCACAGCAGCUGUAGACACUGGGACUUCCUUUAUUAUUGGUCCAGCUAGUUCUAUAUCAGUCCUGAUGAAAGCCAUUGGAGCUACCUUGAUUUCAGAAAGAGAUUAUGUCGUUGAAUGUAGCAAAGUCCAGCUUCUGCCUGAUAUUUCUUUUACCUUCGAAGGUAUACCCUAUAAGCUCAGUGGCUCUGCCUACACCCUCCAGCAUUCCGAUUAUGGGAGUGGCCUCUGUGUUGUGGCUUUCUCAGGUUUUGACAUCCCUCCUCCACUGGGCCCCCUGUGGUUUUUGGGUGCCAGUUUCAUUGGAGAGUACUACACUGAAUUUGACCGGAAGCACCACCGGAUUGGCUUUGCCAAAUCCCUCUGA